AUCCAUAUCAUGUUUCAAUUUUUAAUAAUUUCAGGUACUGAGAAAUGGCCAAGGAAGUCUCUCAUGAGAUUUUUCCACCAAGGGACAAUUCAGAACUCCAUAGUCAACAAAAGCAUGGGAACCAAGAUAUGCCUCCAGCACUUGUGAUAAUGAAAGCUUUGAUAUAUGAGCACCAUCAAAAGCUAGCUCCCAUAGAAUCAAAAUUAAAAGAACUUUUGCAGAAUCAGCAAGUUUUAGUUGAAGGGUUGCAUGGGGAAAAUGAGAGAUACAAAGAAAUGGAAGCUAACUUCAGUUUAUCAUCAUUGUUUGCUGAAGUUUCCAUGUAUUCCCAGAAACUCAGAUUUCUGAAAGGAGAGAUGAAUAAUAUUUCUGACCGUACAGUGCGUUUGAAGAGGAGGGCGAUGAGGUUGCAACAGCAACAGCAACAGAAGGCUUUGAAAUUUGAACAACAAAGAGCCCAGCAAGCAGAGCGUGAGAAGUUCCUUAUUGCGCGACCAGUGUGGGCAUCACAAGAAGAUGAAAAACAUUAGGCGUA